ACCCGAAACCCGCCCAUGUUUGUGGUUGGUUGGACUUUUUGGACUCGUCUCUUGACUCCUGUCUUCGCUGGCUCGCUCUCUGCUGCUUCGAAGCUCGGAGUUGCUGCUUCUUGUCUUCUAGGUCUCAACACUGAAUCUAUCAUCACUUCCACUACAUUGUUCCUUUUCAAGAUCUCCGGUCGCUUCGCAUGCUUGUUUCAGCUUGAAUUUGGAGGUCGAAUGGAUGUUGGCGGUAGUAGUGGUGGCAAUGGGGGCCAGCGGUUCCGCAGAAUACCUCGUCACUCCUAUUCUCACGUCAAAUUGGACCCCUUGAUUGAUGAAAAUGUGGAGCAGUGGCCACAUCUGAAUGAACUGAUUCAGUGCUACCAAAGUGACUGGGUGAAGGAUGAAAACAAGUACGGGCACUAUGAAAGCAUCAAUCCCAGUUCUUUUGAAAAUCAGAUAUUUGAAGGGCCUGAUACUGAUAUCGAGACAGAGAUGCGACUUACUAGUGCAAGGCAAACUAAGGCAGAAGAAUAUACGGACGAUGACAACCCAAGUACCUCAGGCAGGCAGUUUACAGAGGUGGAAUCAUCACUGCCACUUGGUUUGAAGCAUUUUGGACAAUCGCCUCUCCCUGCUUACGAACCGGCUUUUGACUGGGAAAAUGAAAGGUCAACUAUAUUUGGCCGAAGGAUUCCAGAAACUCCUAUGGCACAAUAUGGCAGUGGAUUGAAGAUAUCUGUGAAAGUACUUUCUCUAUCAUUUCAAGCAGGACUAGUUGAGACCUUCUAUGGCACAAUUUGCUUAUAUAACAAAGAGAGAAGAGAAAAGUUGUCUGAAGAUUUUUAUUUCUGCAUAUUGCCAACUGAAAUGCAGGAUGGAAACGUUUCUUAUGAACCUCGUGGGGUUUUCUCUUUAGAUGCUCCAUCAGCAUCAGUUUGUCUGCUGAUACAGUUAGAGAGGCCGACUACAGAAGAGGGAGGCGUUUCUUCGUCUGUUUAUUCACGUAAAGAACCUGUGCACCUGACGGAAAGAGAAAAGCAGAAAUUGCAGGUGUGGUCUCGAAUAAUGCCUUAUGGAGAGUCCUUUUCCUGGGCUAUUGUUCCAUUAUUUGAUAACAGCAUAGGUGGAACUUCUGGCGGGUCUGCAUCCCCUAGCAGUCCUCUUGCUCCGAAUAUGUCCGGGACGAGCUCUAAUGACGGUGUGUUUGAGCCUAUUGCAAAAGUAACGUCAGAGGGGAAGUUGGGUUAUUCAAGUGGAAAUUCCGUUAUUGUUGAACUAUCUAAUUUAAACAAAGUUAAGGAAAGCUAUACUGAGGAUUCACUUCAGGAUCCUAAGCGCAAGGUUCAUAAACCUGUGAAAGGUAUUCUAAGACUUGAAAUUGAGAAGCAUCAGACGGACCAUACUGACUUGGAAAAUAUAUCUGAAAGUGGCAGUGUGACCAAUGACUUCAUUGACCCUGGGGAUCGUAUGGUUGAUUCAACGUUAAAAAAAAGCCCUAGCGAUGGCGCUGAUGUGCCUCAGAGUAGCAACUCCAAGUGGAGUAACUAUGAUGGGAAAGAAAUAUCUGGAAAUGGAUCAAAUGCCCGUGGCAAUCCAGAUUUGAGUGUUGAUGAUUUCCAAGCUUUUGACUUCCGUACGACAACGCGAAAUGAGCCUUUCAUGCAGCUUUUUCAUUGUCUAUAUGUUUAUCCUUUAACUGUUAGCUUAAGUCGGAAAAGAAAUUUGUUCAUACGGAUUGAAUUAAGAAAGGAUGAUAUGGAUAUUCGUCGGCAGCCUUUAGAGGCUUUGUAUCCAAGAGAGCCAGGCACAUCACUCCAGAAGUGGGCUCAUACUCAAGUUGCUGUUGGAGCUAGAGUUGCCAGCUACCAUGACGAGAUUAAACUUUCGCUUCCUGUUAUCUGGACGCCAUCUCACCACCUUCUUUUCACUUUCUUCCAUGUUGAUCUUCAAACAAAACUAGAAGCUCCAAAGCCAGUGGUAAUUGGAUAUGCAGCGCUUCCAUUAUCUACACAUGCCCAGUUGAGAUCCGAAAUUUCGUUGCCAAUUAUCAAAGAGCUAGUUCCACAUUAUCUCCAGGAGUCGGGCAAGGAGAGACUGGAUUAUUUGGAAGAUGGAAAAAAUGUCUUCAGAUUGCGCUUAAGACUAUGUUCUUCUUUAUACCCCAUAAAUGAAAGGAUUAGAGACUUUUUUCUCGAGUAUGAUAGGCACACUCUUCGAACGAGUCCACCUUGGGGUUCCGAACUUCUGGAGGCUAUUAACAGUUUGAAGAAUGUGGAUUCUACUGCUCUGCUUCAGUUUCUUCACCCAAUCUUGAAUAUGCUUCUCCACCUUAUAGGCAAUGGUGGAGAAACCCUGCAGGUUGCUGCCUUCAGAGCCAUGGUCAAUAUCUUAACGCGUGUGCAGCAGGAGUCUGUUGAUGAUGCUGAACGAAAUCGUUUUCUUGUUAACUAUGUCGAUUAUGCUUUUGAUGACUUUGGGGGUCGGCAACUGCCAGUAUAUCCUGGUUUGUCUACUGUGUGGGGAAGUUUGGCUCGUAGUAAGGCUAAAGGGUACCGUGUUGGACCAGUGUAUGAUGAUGUAUUGGCAAUGGCUUGGUUUUUCCUUGAGCUAAUUGUUAAAUCCAUGGCAUUGGAACAAACUCGUCUUUUCUAUCACAGUCUUCCUUUAGGUGAAGAUGUUCCGCCAAUGCAAUUGAGGGAAGGUGUUUUCAGAUGUAUAAUGCAGUUGUAUGAUUGCCUUCUAACAGAAGUACAUGAGCGGUGUAAAAAGGGGCUAAGCUUGGCAAAACGUUUGAACAGCAGCUUGGCUUUUUUCUGUUAUGAUCUUUUGUCUGUCAUUGAACCUCGCCAGGUUUUUGAACUGGUGUCUUUGUACUUGGACAAGUUCUCUGGAGUGUGUCAAUCGGUUUUGCAUGAUUGCAAGCUUACUUUUUUGCAAAUUAUUUGUGACCAUGAUCUUUUUGUGGAGAUGCCUGGGAGAGACCCUUCUGAUAGAAACUACCUAUCAUCUGUCUUAAUACAAGAGCUUUUCCUCACUUGGGAUCAUGACGAUCUUUCGCAGAGGGCAAAGGCGGCUAGAACUUUAGUUGUUCUCUUGUGCAAACACGAGUUUGAUGCUCGAUAUCAAAAGCCUGAAGAUAAGCUAUAUAUUGCACAACUAUAUUUUCCACUUAUUGGCCAGAUUCUUGAUGAGAUGCCUGUCUUUUACAAUUUGAAUGCUGUUGAAAAGCGCGAAGCUUUAAUUGUUAUUUUGCAAAUCAUGCGCAAUCUGGAUGAUGCAUCACUUGUCAAAGCAUGGCAGCAGAGCAUUGCUCGAACUAGAUUGUUUUUCAAACUCAUGGAGGAGUGCUUAUCUCUAUUUGAGCACAAAAAAACUGCUGAUAUCUUGCUAUUGGGCUCUAGUUCUCGCAGUCCUGUAGGAGAAGGACCUGGUUCGCCCAAGUAUUCUGAUAGACUUUCUCCUGCUAUCAACAACUAUUUGUCCGAGGCAUCACGACAAGAAGUCAGACCUCAGGGAACACCUGACAAUGGAUACUUGUGGCAAAGAGUGAAUUCGCAGUUGAGCUCCCCUAGCCAACCAUACUCAUUGAGGGAAGCUCUUGCUCAGGCGCAAUCUUCAAGAAUAGGAGCCUCUGCCCAGGCACUUAGGGAAUCUCUGCACCCAGUAUUAAGGCAGAAACUGGAGCUUUGGGAAGAAAACUUGAGUGCUGCUGUUAGUCUUCAGGUUUUGGAAAUAACUGAAAAGUUUUCCAUUAUGGCUGCAUCCCAUAGCAUCGCAACCGAUUAUGGAAAACUUGAUUGCAUCGCAUCCAUUUUUAUGAGCUUCUUUUCUCGGAACCAGCCUUUGGCUUUCUGGAAGGCUUUGUCUCCAGUCUUCAACAAUGUAUUUAAUCUUCACGGGGCAACACUAAUGGCCAGGGAGAAUGAUCGUUUCUUAAAGCAAGUUGCCUUCCAUCUUCUUAGGCUUGCAGUUUUCCGUAAUGAUAGCAUCAGGAAAAGAGCUGUUAUUGGGCUCCAGAUACUUGUGAGGAGUUCUUUCUGCCACUUUCAGCAAACAUCAAGGUUGAGGGUCAUGCUGACUAUCACAUUGUCAGAGCUAAUGUCUGAUGUGCAAGUGACUCAGAUGAAGUCUGAUGGAACAUUGGAAGAGAGUGGUGAGGCACGACGCCUUCGUAAGUCGUUGGAGGAAAUGUCAGAUGAAUCCAAAAGCAAUAGCUUAUUAAGGGAGUGUGGAUUGUUUGAGAAUGCCCUAGAGGCAGUUCCAGAAAGAUUGGCCGAGAACAAGUGGUCAUGGUCGGAGGUUAAACGUCUCUCUGAUAGUAUUCUUCUGGCCCUUGAUGCUAGCCUUGAGCAUGCACUUUUGGGUUCCAUGAUGACCAUGGAUAGAUAUGCAGCUGCAGAGAGCUUCUAUAAACUUGCAAUGGCAUUUGCCCCUGUUCCAGAUCUUCAUAUAAUGUGGUUACUGCAUUUAUGUGAUGCACAUCAGGAAAUGCAGUCUUGGGCUGAGGCAGCACAAUGUGCUGUUGCUGUUGCUGGUGUUAUAAUGCAGGCCCUUGUGGCUAGAAAUGACGGUGUGUGGAGCAAAGAUCAUGUGAUCGCUCUUCGUAAGAUUUGUCCAAUGGUCAGCAGUGAAAUCACAUCUGAAGCAUCUGCAGCUGAGGUAGAAGGAUAUGGUGCUUCAAAGCUAACAGUGGACUCUGCUGUGAAAUACUUACAGCUAGCAAAUAAGCUUUUUUCUCAAGCAGAGCUCUUUCAUUUUUGUGCUAGUAUUCUGGAACUUGUGAUCCCUGUUUAUAAAAGCAGGAGGGCGUAUGGACAGCUGGCUAAGUGUCACACAUUACUCACAAAUAUUUAUGAAUCAAUUCUGGAGCAGGAAAAUAGCCCAAUUCCAUUCACUGAUGCCACAUACUAUAGGGUGGGAUUCUACGGUGAAAAAUUUGGCAAACUGGACAGGAAAGAAUAUGUUUACCGAGAGCCUCGUGAUGUACGCUUAGGUGACAUAAUGGAGAAGCUUAGUCAUAUUUACGAGUCUAGGAUGGAUGGCAGUCACACUUUACACGUAAUUCCAGAUUCUAGGCAAGUGAAGGCAGAUGAACUGCAGCCAGGAGUCUGCUACUUGCAGAUAACUGCUGUUGAUGCUGUCAUGGAAGAUGAAGACUUGGGAAGCAGGAGAGAGAGAAUCUUUUCUCUUUCUACUGGAAGUGUCCGUGCACGAGUCUUUGACCGCUUCUUGUUUGAUACCCCUUUUACCAAAAAUGGGAAGACCCAAGGUGGUUUGGAAGACCAAUGGAAGAGACGAUCUGUUCUACAGACUGAGGGCUCAUUCCCUGCCCUGGUGAAUAGGCUGCCGGUAAUUAAAUCUGAAUCUCUUGAAUUCUCACCUGUAGAGAACGCCAUUGGAAUGAUCGAAACUCGAACAGCUGCUUUACGAAAUGAGCUUGAAGAGCCUCGCAGUUCUGAAGGAGAUCAACUCCCACGUCUCCAGAGCUUGCAGAGAAUACUUCAAGGGAGUGUUGCAGUUCAAGUGAAUAGUGGAGUCCUCAGUGUGUGUACAGCCUUCCUGUCUGGUGAACCAGCCACAAGGUUGCGAUCACAGGAAUUACAGCAACUGAUUGCUGCAUUGCUCGAGUUCAUGGCCGUCUGUAAGCGUGCCAUUCGGGUGCAUUUUAGACUGAUUGGGGAGGAAGACCAGGAUUUCCAUACCCAGCUUGUAAAUGGAUUUCAGUCUCUCACUGCAGAGUUAUCCCAUUACAUCCCUGCCAUUCUCUCCGAGCUCUGACAUUGUAGCAUAGUUUGUGAUUUUGUAAUAUCCACCCUCUCCACAGUUGCUUUUGCAAUGUGUUCAUAUUUUUUUUGUAAUUUGUCUACUUCUCAUUGCCAAGCUAACUACCUUAUUUUUCCCUUUGCUUACGUAAUUAAUUUUCUUUUGUUAGUUUGGGUAUGUUAAAAAUUAUUGCAGUGCUGGAAAAGAAUAUUUGGUAUUCUCA